AUGGUAAAGGCCCGAUGGCCCCCGCCCCGGCCCGGGGCCCCGCCGGGGCUCGGAUCCCUCCCGCCGCCCGGCCUGGCCCGCGGAGGGUGGGCUCCCCGGGUGGGGGAGGGGCGCGCCCGGAGCCCGGGGGGACCCCCCCCCUCGCCGCCAGCCAGCUCGGGAGGGGACCCGGCUGGGGGCGACCCCGGCCCCCGGCCCUGCUUCCAGCUGGACUCCACGUCCGAGUCCAGGCUGCGCUCCCCCGUAGCCCGGCCCAGACCCUCCAGGACCCAUGGUCCUGGCCGGGCACCCCCUUCGGAGACCCAGGCGUGGUCCCUGUUUCCCCCGGCCUAG